CUUUCUUUGACCGUCGGUGGUGUGAUUAUAUUAUGUUUUUUUAUUCGCCUAUUUAUCCGUUUUGGGAAAAUGAGGGUAUUUAUCCUCUCCUCCCUGAGGAUGAUUUUGAUUUCGAGGAUCCCGGUCCGGUCCUCGUAAUGGAUUUCGUCGAUGACGCUGAUUUUGAGCGUCGUUUUUGUGCGUUUUUUGGAGAAGAUGUGCCUGCUUCCGAAGAGGUAAAUGAGUCGGCGGCUACCCCGGAUUUUGGGGAUGAUUUUGAUAUCAAUCCCGAACUUCUAGAGUUCUAUUUUGGUGCUGAAGUUCCUGAAAAAGGAGUUGAGGCUGAGGUGAAAGAUGAAGCUAUGGCGGAGAGUGAGGUCGUCGCAGUGGACGAGGUCCUUGAAGAGAUCGCGGAUGAUUCCAUCGACCCCCGUGCCUUCGAGCUUGAUUUGUUUAUUCUAUCUGAUGACAAGUGGGAGUACAUUGCUGUCCUUGACCCCUUUUGCGGUGAUCCUGACUUUCUUUUACCGCGGGAGUUUCCCGAAGGGGGGAACAAUGACACUUUUUAUUUCUUAUUUGUUCUCCCCUUAUAGAAUAAUUUAGUGUAAUUUUAUUAAUGUUUUUUUUUUAAUAACUGUAGUUUUUGAUGUAGUUAAGUGACUAUUUGACUUUUUCUUGUUUCGGACUUUAUUUUGAGUCACCGGAUUAUUUUCUUACUGCACGCAGAGAAAAGAUUAGCCAACAAAGCUAAAAUUUAGUUGUAGCAACUAAGAUGUGUCUUUAAAAUAGGGACAGCUAAUAUCGUUGCUGCCGGAGCUAAAUUUAUUAGUUAUUAAAAUUAGCAGUUACAGCAAGAAAUAUUCGCUGUCAGAAUCAAAUAAGGUUUAGCAAAUGCGUAUAUAGUUUCACGCUCCUAAGUCCCGGUCUACAACAGGUGUAGUAAGCCUUAAGCCGUAAGAAACUGACCAAUCGUAAUUGAAUAUGAGGAGAAUAAUCGAUCAUAGUCAAUUUUUACGAUUUAAAGCUUGCAACAUUAAUUGUAGUCCUGGACUAAGAUAUUGAGGAAUAGCUGCCACUUUUUUAGUGGCGACUUUUACUACACGUGUUAAAACACACAUUUUAUUUUAGCUAAUAAAACUGUAUUUCGCAGCAAAUAUAUUUUAUCUUUAAUAAUCAAUUUUUAGCACUGAUAGAAAAUAUCGAACUAGCUACUGA